GCGACAGCAGAGCCAAAAUACCGGUGGAGGCGAUGACGUAACAGUGUGCAAAGGAAAGGGUGGUUUCAGAUAAAUCGUGAGAACAAUUACACUUUCAUCUAAUUGACAAUCUGCGACUGAAACACACGCCUGGAUUAACUUGAUGUUGUGAAUCGUUUGAUUGACAAGACGAGCAUGUCACCAUUGGGGCCAAGAGAAAAGGCUGCCCUCAGGCAGUGCAUUCAGGCCCAAGCCCAGCUGGAAGAGGCCAUUGCUGAGGUCAUCAAUGCUGAAGUACAACUAAAGAGCAACUCCAGAGAGGUGAAGUCUCAGUUGCACAGCUGUAUCAGCAGACACCUGGAGAUCCUGCGCUCUCGUGAGGUCUGGCUUCUCGAGCAGAUUGAUCUUUUGGAGCAACUGAAAGGAGAAACUUUACAACAGCAGCUACAGCAGCUCUAUUUGUUCAAGGGCCAGUUUGACAUUCUCAUUCAUGAGCUGGAGUAUUCCAGUAGUACCAGUCCUGCCACCCAGCUCACCAACUGCUUGGAAAAGUUGUCUUCUCUGAAUUUGACUCCCGAAGAAACCCCAGAGAUGAGUUUCCAAGCAGAUGCUCGCACCUUGCGGCAGGCCAUCACAUCCUUUGGGACCAUUUCCACCCAGCAGAUGGAGAUGUCUCAGAACUCUCUUGAAAGAUCAUGGCUUCUCCAGGACUGCCCAGUUUCAGCCAAGAAACAGAAAAUGGGUCCUGAAUGGGGCACACCUCUGGCUGAAUGGUUUCUUGGGAACCAUCCAGUAACCAGUGCUCCUGUGGGACACCAGUUUGGCACGAACACCCAGGACUGGCUGCUUGCCUCCAAGCAAUCUCAGGAAGUUCAACAGUUGCCACCUUUUGACUUCCUAAAGGCUUGGGGUCAACUCCAAGACCUGGAGUCAUGGCUUCUGAAAGAGAAAUUGCCUAUUCGUGAGCGAACCCUCAGUGGCAGCACAGCCUUCUCUAUUGAGAUGAUUGAGGAAGUCGAUUUGAACCUGAAUGAGGUGGAAGAGGAAGAUGAGCAGGAAAAAUUGGAUGACACUACUGAGGAAGAGGAAUUCAGCAAGUGGCUCAUCAGCACAAGCAAGCAAGACAAGAGCAGCCUAAUCUCAGACCCUGACCGCUUCAAGCAGAUUGUCCAACCCUUCUACGAGAGCUUUUCUCCCAGUGAUUGGCUCCUUAAGGCAGACUGCAGCUCUUGCGGUGCCACACGAUCCGUAGACGUUGAAAUUGAGAACCUCGGAAAGCUCAAAUGUCUAAAGACUCCCCAAUCAUCUGCUGCCAGCACCAUUGUCACCAACCCAGAGUCCAUUGAGAUGUGGCUUCAGAAGACCAUACCUCUCGAGACCAACUGCAAAGCCAACGAGACCUGUGCCAGCUACGUUCAAUGUGUGUGUGAUGAUAAUUGUGGAAAAGAGGCCCUAAGUGCUUGGCUCCUCAAGAAAGAGGGGUGGGAUAAGAACAGUGUUCCUGUCAGUAAGAAUGCAACAAACAAAGCUUCCAGUCACCAGCAGGAGCAGCAACAGAAGGUUCAGGCCAUCCUAGAAGCCUGGCUACACCCAAGCAACAGUGCCAAGACUCCUGCUGCCCUGUCGUCCCUCUCUGCCUGGGUGACCCCGCACUUAGUUGUCGGUGAGGAGAAGAAUUCACGCUUAACAACCUCAGAGAUCUCCUUCCAGAAGCCUGUCCAGAGUGAGAACUGGCUUCUGCCAGCGAUGAAGCACAUUAGCAGUACCACUGAGACGCAAAAUGAGCCAGAGAGCAAGAACACUAAAGAGCGAGACCACAAAGACCUAGAGGAAGACAAAUGGCUUCUACGUAAGCGGUCAAAUGCACAGGAAAGACUUGGCUUGCCCAUAGUAUGUGACCUAUUUUCCUGCUUGAAGCUCAACGGAGACCAAGAAAAGUGGCUCCACCAGGCAGCUACACAGAUAUGAAUACAACAUUCAUUGGCUUUUUAGAGAUUUACUAUCACUUUUUAAUCGCUGAUUAUUGCACAAUAUUUUUCUUCUGUGCUUUUAAGAAAGAUUCUUUCUCUGUUCUCUUACAUUCUGGAGAUUGAAAGAAUGAUAAUGGACUAGAGGUCUUGGCCCAGAAGAUUUUUUGGACAACCAUCGCUUGAAAGUAUUUUGUGCAUUGGGAUUUUCUGUCAUUUUGCCUUUUAUUGGCAUAAAGUUAAAUUCCAGUACCGACCAACAUGUUGACAUUAUAAUUCAGGAAUUUUAUUUUUAAAUCAAAUGGACCAGGUUGGUAUGUACAAAACAAAUAAAAAAUGUCUUUCUUUUUUUACCCUUAGUGCAUGGUUUGAGAGUGGCUUAGGAAGAACUGAAAUAAAAACAAAUCUAUAUUCAUUUUAAUCACGCACAGUUGUUAUAGCUUUUUUCAUGCUGUGAAACUCUCCCCUGCACAUUUGCUCUUAACUGAAAAUGCUUUUCUUCACAUUAGAUCUCUGGAGAACAUUGAUAUUGAGUUUUCUCAAUUAAGAUUACAUGUGCUUCCAUUACCAUUUAUUUUAUUUUAUUUUAUUUACUUUUUUUUAUUAUUAUUGUAUUUUAUACUUCAGUUGAAUUUGCUACUCAUAUAAUAGCUAAUAACCUGCCAUAACUGUCCAAACAUGGUGGAGCAAAUAAUUCUAUUUUAUGUGGAAUAUUUCAAAAGCAGAGUGUGUCUGCCAAUUCUGUUAUUGAAACCUCAAAAAAGCUCAGAUAACUUGUCUGACCAUAAAUGUGUGGCAAUGCUUGCAGUCCGUUCACCUCUUUUGUACGUUAAGAAAACAAUCUGGGGGUUAAGGUUAGAGCAGGCAAUGUUCAUUGUGUGUCUCUCUGUGCAAGACUUGUGGUAAAUAUUUACUAGAGAGUGAAUGUAUAGUUCUUUAUUAAAUUGCAUCUAUCAUCUUGUAACCACUUGAUUUAAAGUGUCUCUACUCUAAUCCACCCUGUCGACAUAUAAAAAGAAUUAUACUUUGCUCUUUGCACUUACAGAGCAAAUGCUACAGGGAAAUUUAAAGCUGGCUCAAAGAUUAAAAUUAAGCUGCUUCUUAUAGAGAUAAUAUUAUAUAAUGGUGUCAUUUCAUGUACUAAUAUUUUGCCUUGUAAAUGACCAUGGAUGUGGUAUAUAAAACAUUAACAAUGUUCAAAUAUUGACUAUUGAUCAUAUGCACCAUACAUAUUUUUGUUUUUCUUUUUUGUGCAGCAUUGUUGUCUCUGUCUAAUGCUGUGAUCCAUGUCAAAAACUAUUAAAAGGAAA